GGAAGCGUCACCUGGCGGCGGGUUCUCGUUUUCCCGCCUUUUCCUCCUCCGCCUCGGGCUCUUUACGACGGGGCCGGAGAAGCAGCUACGUCAGGGAGAUGGAAAGGGCGACGGCUGCUUCUGGCGCGCCCGAAGAGGACGGCGGCAACGACAGCAGCGCUUCCAUUGGCGGCGACGACGGGGACAGGAACGGCGAGGAGCCCAUCGUGUCGCUAGCCGAGGUGCUGGCCGAAAACGAGGAGUUGGAGAACGAAGCGCGCGCCGUGCUAGGCGGGAGCGACCACGAGCGCUGCAGUUACUCUCAGGGUGCUGUAAAGAGGCAGGCAUUAUAUGCCUGCAGUACAUGUACACCACCAGGUGAAGAACCAGCAGGGAUUUGUUUAGCAUGCAGCUAUGAAUGCCAUGGCUCUCACAAAUUAUUUGAAUUAUAUACAAAAAGAAACUUCUGUUGCGAUUGUGGAAACAGCAAGUUCAAAAAUCUGAAAUGCAAACUACAUCCUGAAAAGGCAACAGUGAAUCCAGCAAAUAAAUAUAAUGAUAAUUUCUAUGGAUUAUAUUGUGUUUGUAAAAGACCUUACCCAGACCCUGAUGAUGAGAUUCCAGAUGAAAUGAUCCAGUGCAUAGUUUGUGAAGAUUGGUUUCAUGGAAGGCAUCUUGGUGUUGUCCCUCCAGAUAGUGGGGAUUUUCAUGAAAUGAUAUGUCAGUCUUGCAUGGAUCACUGCCCUUUCUUGUGGGCAUAUGCCUCGCGGUUAGCAGUUCCAACUGUGACCAAAGUUAUUGCUGCAGCUGAUAAUGGAACUGUGCUGAAUGUUGAAGAAACUGAAGUAAUCAAAAAUGAAAACAGUGUAGAUCAAAUGAAGACUGAAGAUAAAACAAUACAAAUUAAUGAACCAUCUACCAGUUCUGGCAAUGAAUGUUCAGUGCCAGUUAAGGAAAUAUUGUUGUGCAAGCUGCAAGAACUUCAAGCCAAGAAGAAUCUGAAACAAAAUACAGCCACCUUCUGGCCACACAACUGGCGAAGCAAAUUAUGCACCUGCAAAGCAUGUGUGAAAAUGUAUUCUGAUAUGGAAGUCCCAUUCCUAACAGAUGAAUGUGAUACUGUCUUGGCUUAUGAAAAUAAAGGGACAAAUGACCAAGAAGCAGAUAGAAGAGAUCCUCUAAUGGAUACGCUUAACAGUAUGAACAGAGUACAGCAGGUAGAGCUCAUCUGUGAGUACAAUGAUUUGAAAACAGAAUUGACAGACUAUUUGAGAAGAUUUGCAGAUGAAGGAACAGUUGUUAAACGAGAGGACAUUCAGCAAUUUUUUGAAGAAUUUCAAUCUCGAAAGAGGAGGAGAGUAGAUCAGAUGCAGUACUACUGUAGCUAGACUAGAUUGGAAGUCUUAAAAGACUACAUAUACAGCUGUCUGCUAAAUUCUGGGUUUUCCCUCCCAAUUUAAAUCUAACUUCUUGUUCAUCUUGAUUUGUCUCCUAGAAGGCAGCGUUUAUUAUUUGUAGCCACAUGCAUACAUCAAUUCCUAGUAACUAUACUGAGAAGUGAAAUGAUCAUGGAUUCACAGAAUGUCACUUGUGUCAAAGAAAGGCUGGUUAGUUUUCAGAAGAUACUUAUUUAGAAACUAUAGGUGACAACAAUAUUUUUAUGACUUAAAGGAAAAAUCUAGAUAAAAGGUCUUAAUGGAUUAGCAUUCAGGGUCAAGGUACUCCUUUCUCAAAGACUUAUUUGAAUGCAAGAUUUCAUAUCUGCUUGGUUUUAGGGCAUUCAUUAUGAUAUAUUCUGCUAGCUGUUGCUAUUAAAAAGCUAAUUUGGAUCAUUUAUGGCUUGCUGAAAUAGUUGAAGUACAACUUUUAGCUAUAAUUAGACAUUCAUGACUGCUGAAUGAAUAUGACUGAGGCCAGAGUGUGUAUUAUAAACAGUGGUUAACUGGUAGGCAAUGAUAGUGCAGAGGCUUAGUGAUAUUAUCACCAAUAUGUUUUGACUGACUGCCAGCACAGAAUGUGUAAAUUGCUUUUUGGUAGGUCACAAUUAUCAGGUUAUCUAUUGACUUUUUAAGAAUGAAAGGAGUAUCUGAAACUGACAUAAGGUACUUGUAAAUGUUUAGGAAGAGCAGCCUACAAAGCCAUUUACCACAUUUUAAAAUAUGGCCGUGAUCUUUUGUAAUUAUGUCAGAGAAUACAAUCCCUUAAUACUGCAAAGAAUGUUUAAAACAUCAUUUAAGUGCAUCUAUUUUCUCUUGGUUAAAUUUAUCACCUAACUACUAGAAAUUCACAGCAAUCACAUGCUGUAUACCAAUACCUCAAUAAAAUGGUAUUUUAAUUUUUAAGUUAGUGAGUGUUGUAAUAGCAAAGCUAGUUCUAAACAUUUAAACUUGAAAGCACAUUAUGCAUUUGCUCAUCUAGUAGGAUAUUUCAAUCCAAUUCCUAUCAUCCCAGAAAGCUUUGGCUGUUCAUUGGUUAUGAUUUUUUUCAUUAUAUUUUAAAUUAAGAGUCACUGCCAUAGCCAUAAGAUAGCCUCUUGAGUUCAGGGUGGUUUUAUAUUGCUGGUAUGAAAAAUAAGAAACAUGAUUUUCAUGAAUGCUACUGUACAUGCCAGAUUAGAAUUAAUAAGCAAUUGUCUUACAUAAUUACAGAGAAUUUUUUAAGAGUGAGUGACCCAGUAUGGUAAGUAUGCAUUGAAGGAGUGAGUGCUAGCAGACAGAAUGUUUCAAUUUCAGCAGUCUUUGUUGACAUAAGGAGAGCCCUCCAAGUAUUGCCAAGCUGCAAUUUACUGCAUUUUUUAUUCCUGACAAACAUUAUAGGACAGAAGGAAAUAAAAAUCUAUCCUUGCUGGAGAGCAAUACCAAACAGAAAUUACCCCAAUAAACUUGAAUUAUGACUGAUUUCGGAUAUUAAAGUGCCAAAUGAUUAUCUUUUCUAUUCUAUCCAGUAAGAAAUCUAAAAAUCCACACAUACAGUAAAUCAACCAUUAGAUCUAAGCAAACUGUAAUAUAAUUCAACUAAAUUGAUCAAUUACAGAUUUGUUGUAACCGUUUGAUGUUACAAAUAGGUAAUCACUUUUCUACAGAAUAGAUAACCUGCACCAGGACAUACAAAAUUUUUUCAUGCACAAAUAUGUCUUUUCUCUUAGCUGUCUCAAAAGAUUUAUCAUUACAGGUUCUUUCCUACCUUUGUAUUUGGACACUCCUUAUGUUACUGUUUUGAUGAUAAGCUUUGAGUAGAAUGCAGUAACAUGGGGAAUAUUUGAGUCAUCUCAAAGGAAAGCAGUGCAGGUUGGAGUGCCUACCAUGACAUACUUUGCAAUAUUUACUACUGUCUGCGAGACUGUUUAAAUCCUGGAUAUGCUAAUUUGUUAUGUCAUCCUUUCUUGAGGUGAAGUAUAACUAGUAAUGGCAUAAUAGUAGGAUCAUUUGUGGAAAGGAAAAUGCUUUGUUCCAGACCAGGAACAAACCAUUACAUUCCAUUAGUUCUGCCAAGCCUUUGAGAUCAGCUGCAGUUGACCAGGGACAAAAGACUGAAUAAUGUAUGAGUUUGGCUAAAACAAAAUUCAAAUAUACAGAAUGAUUCUACAAGGCAAGUAGGGUAAGGCUGGUGUGCAUCAUUUCCAGCAGUUCCCAGUAUGGCAUAUCCCACCUACUUCUCCAAAUCUUCCCAGUGCUUUCCCUUCAAUUACUGCUGCCAAUAUCCUUAGCUCUUUUUCCCCCGCCCUGUUAUCACUUCAUCCCAGAACAAAGCCAUCCAUUUUAUUUCAUAUAUGGGCCAAAGCGUGCUUCAGUUUGGAUAUGGAUUACUUGAAAAAAAUUAUGCAUCUAUAUAUUUAUAUUACUGCAAUCCUGUAAGUGGCUUGACUUAAUGACUGGCCAGAAAUCAAGCGAGCUCCAUAAUAAAACACUUGAACAGGAUAAAGAAUACAUUUCAUUAAGGCAGCUUUGAUAGACCAUGAUCCUUAAGGCAAUUCAAUUAGUUUGAAUAUUGUAAAGUCACUGAAAGGCAGAGUAGCCAUUAAUUGCUGGAAUGUAGAAUGGUUAGCUUCACGUCAUGCAGUAAGUAAUAUAGUCAACACUUCCAACGCAGAUGACUCAUAAAGAGAAAUCCCCUUUAAUCAUCUUGCUUAAAAGUGAAAUGAAUGGUCUCAGGCUAGAAAACAAAUCUGUAAGCCAGAGUAUAGAAUUAGAACCAAGAAAAAAUACGGGGCACUGAGUAAGCUUUCUUCAGAACUCAACCUGAAAGUUAAAUGACUAGUGCAAAAGAUGAAAAGUGGACUUAAAAAGAAAAAUCCUAAAAUUUCAGAUGAGAGUUUUAUGACUAUACUGAAAAGCUUAGAUUGUUUCUUUAUCUAUAUUCUGUGGCAGACCUACCUGCAUAACCUUCCGAAUUAUUUCAGAACACAUGCUGGGAUCUUCAUCAUGGUGUGCUUUUUCUUUUCCUUGCUUCUACCUUUAAUGUUCAUUAUAUGGCACUUGAAUUGUUUCAAAUAAAGAUAUUGCCUACUGUAA